AUGACUUUAUUCACUGGUCUAUUAUGGUCUAUUAUAACCGGCAACGGCAACGCUGCAGGUGAUCAUCUUGCCAUCAAAGCUUAUCUGCAGGUUGCUAAGCCUCCCAAAGAAAGAAAGACAGUAACUUUUCGAAGGAUGAAAAAACUUGAAAUCGAAAAGUUCAGGACUGACCUUGACUCUUCGCCAGUCCUUAGUGAUAAAACCGACUCAUUGAAGAAUCUCAUCACUGACUAUGACCAUGAGCUAAGGGCCGUCCUAAACAAACAUGUCCCAGAAGAGACAAGAACAAUCACCCUUCGUCCUAAUACACCAUGGUACAUGGAGGAUCUAAGGACGGCAAAAAGAGAAAAACGUCGGGCUGAAAGACAGAUGAGGAAAUCAAACCUGACUGUUCAUAGACAAAUUUUCAGAGACACAUCCAUUCAAGUAACCAGGCUAAUACUAGAAACAAAGAAAAAAUACUAUUCAGAUAAAAUCGACGAGACCUCAAUGGAUGUUCUAAGAGCGGACAUAAGAUUUGAGGGCAAAUCACUUGAGUGCUUCACAUCAGCAUCAGAGGCAGAGGUUCGAAAGAUCAUUAUGGCUUCUCCAUCUAAAUCAUGUGAGUUAGACCCAAUACCAACUUCCGUCUUGAAAUCCUGUGUUGACAGUCUUCUUCCAACAAUCACAACCAUUAUAAAUAAAUCAUUAUCAGAAUCAACUGUUCCAACAUCACUGAAAAAUGCUGUUGUUCGACCUCUCUUGAAAAAACAGGGAUUAGACAAAGAGGUGUUAAAGAACUACCGCCCUGUCUCGAACCUUCCAUUUAUUUCUAAAAUCCUGGAAAAUGUUGUAAAUUCUAGGCUGGAAGAUCAUUUACAGUCAAACCACCUGCAUGAUAGACAGCAGUCAGCAUACCGUGUGUAUCACUCAACGGAGACCGCUCUCUUGAGAGUCCACCAUGACAUAACAUCAGCACUAGACAAGGGUUCAAGUGUUGUUCUGUUAAUGCUGGACUUAUCUGCAGCCUUCGAUGUGAUUGAUCAUAAUGUUCUUAUCAAUCGCCUAGAAUUUUCGUUUGGCAUAACUGGUGCGGCCUUGUCAUGGAUACGAUCAUACCUAAGUGAUCGGCACCAACGUAUUGUUAUAGGUUCAUCCGAGUCUUGA